UAAGAAAUCAGAAAAAAACGGAAGUUCGUGGCUGUUGUUUUAUCCAUAAACAUGUUUGUCCCCAGAACAGUUUCUGUAGCCAAAAAUUCUUCGAAAAAGCAACGCUCGCAGGAUGCAAAGACUAUUAGUAAUAUCUCAAUAGCCACAAAAAUACCAGAUGGUGCCCUAUUUGCUAUCAAGUGUGAAGGUGGAGGGGAAAUUUCUGGUCAGCACUCCGAACGAGCGCAAAAGGCAGGCUUUGGUGAGGGUUUUCAAAACGUAGAAAAUGUUCUCACUUCAGAUGAGGAGGAGGGUGAGGUUGUUGAAGAGAGCAAGAAACAAAGAUGGCCCGAACCAGGAGAGCCAGUUUGUGUUAUAUGCGGCAGAUACGGCGCCUAUAUCUGUGACAGGACGGACAAAGAUGUGUGCAGCAUCGAAUGCAAAAAGAAGCAUUUAGAAAGAAACAUAAAUGAGCGACUAGCUACAUACAGUAAUAGAAAAAAUGCUAGUGAACUGCAAAAUGGUCCAUCAAUAGAAAUACCCGUAGUCAGUUCAGGAGGCUCGGGCAAACCGGUAGUUUCAGUAGAAGGUUCUGUUUUGAACUCAACAAAUCUAAGUUCUUAUUUCAAUGAGAAUUACAAUUACAGAGAACAUCCUUUUGUCAAAGGGCUUUCAUUUGAACAGCUUGAAUUUUUUAAAAAAAAACUUGAAAUCAAAACACAAGGACACAAUAUUCCUAAACCAGGACUAGAAUUUAAGCAUUUCAAUUUGCCUGAAAGUUUAGAAAAAAAUUUGGUAGAUAAUGGGUAUCUCACACCAACUCCAGUUCAGAUGCAAGCUGUGCCAAUUGGAUUAUGCAAAAGAGACCUUCUAGCUUGUGCAGAGACAGGGACAGGGAAAUCUGCAAGUUUUCUUUUGCCUUUAAUAGCAAGAAUCUCAGCCACAACAGGUCACUGCAGUUAUCAGGUGCCUCUUGGUUUGAUAUUGGCACCAACCAGAGAAUUGUGUAUGCAGAUUGAAGAGCAGGCAAAGUUGCUAUGCAAAGGACUCAAAAAUCUGAAAACAGCUUUGUUGAUUGGAGGAAACCCAUUGCCAAAUCAGCUACACAGACUUGAACAAGGCGUGCAGAUCCUUAUUGCAACACCUGGCAGAUUGAAUGACAUUCUAGAAAAACAUGAGGAUCAUUGUGACCUCACGACGGUCCAGAUUAUGGUCUUAGAUGAAGUUGAUACAAUGCUGCAAAUGGGUUUCCAGAUGCAGGUAGAUAAAAUUCUUGAAAAAGUCCCUCAAAAAUCACAGAAGAUGAUGUUUUCUGCUACAAUCCCUUCUUCGAUUGAGAGGAUUGCAUCAAAGUUGCUUCAUGAUCCUAUAUUUGUAUCAGUGGGACCACCAAGUACACCAAAUAGAUCAGUGAAACAAAUUAUGCUUUGGGUUGAAGAAAGAUCAAAGAAGAAAAGGCUGUUUGACCUUUUACAAGACAAAAAGUAUUUUAUACCCCCAGUACUUAUUUUUGUUGAUUCGAAAAUUGGAGCUGAUUUGUUGGCAGAUGCCAUUAAUAAGGUGUGUAGGAUCUCAUGUGCCUCAUUGCAUGGAGACAAAUCGCAAGUAGCCCGAACCCAAGUAUUGCAAGAUUUUCAAAAUGGGAGCUACCAGGCAUUAGUGUCAACUUCUGUGCUAGGAAGAGGAAUCGAUUUAAUCAACGUGAUGAUGGUCAUAAAUUUUGACAUGCCGACCACCGUAAAUGAAUAUAUUCACCAAGUAGGAAGAGCUGGAAGACUUGAUACGAAAGGCUUUGCGAUUUCCUUUAUUAACAAUGAUAACAAAAACAUCUUCCAUAGCUUGGCUGAAUUGUUUGAAGAGAGUGAUACCAGAUUGCCGGCAGAGGUUAUCAACUCGCCAUUCCUACAGCUUCAAAAAGAGAAACGGACAUCGAACACUAGUAAAAGAAAAAACAGUGACGUCACAACAGGCAAUCUUAUGGACUUGCUCAAAGAGUACAAAGUUAAGAGAAAGAAAUAAUUUUUAGGAACAGAAUUGCUUUCUAGGGGAAUCUUGACAGAAAGUUGUUGAGAUGGCAGCUAUUGGAUAGUGGGGGGGGGGGAGUGUAUAAAUUGAAAAUUUUUCAAGACAACAUCCAUUUGCAUUCUUUCAGUGUUACGCUAAAAUUAUAUUCCACAGAUAAAUCAGGAAAAAUUUGACAUACUUCUACCCCUGACAUUUUUAGCAAUUUAUAGAAAAAAUGUUGUAGACCGUGUUUUAGCAACAGUGGUACAGGUGGGGAUUCAUCAAAUGAUUUUAAAUACAAUGGAGUUUUUGUUCCUGUCUGAAAGUCUGUUUCUUUCCAUUUCUGUGUGAGUUCAUCAUAAAAGAGCCUCCUUCCAAAGAUCGAGGGUCGAUAAAGAUUUCAACGGUAUAAAUCAAUUCACAAAAUGUGUGAUUUUAUUUUGUUUUCACUAUCACGUGUUUUAAUAACUUUCAGUUGAGAGCAAACAACCAAUUUUAGCUACAGACUUCAACUUUUUGAACUUUCCGUAAAAGCUCUAUUCAGCCCCCAUCUCUUUUAAGCCCUCAUCUCCAAUAGGCCCCCCAAAAUUAUGAACCCAGACAACGGAUGAAUUUAAAUUAAAACUUUUAAUGAAAACAUUUUUUUAUCAUAUUUUAAUUGUUGUCCUCUUAUUCGGAUUUUUCACUGAAGGAACAGAUAGCCGGAUAAACAAGAUUCAUGAAAGGGCAUUGAGAAUAGCAAUUUUAAUAAAGAGAAAUUUAUAAUAUCUUGCAAUAGGAAUAAAUAAAACAUUUAACGGUUUAAAUCCACCUUUUAUGGAUGAAAUAUUCUACAUUAAAAAAUGCUCAUAUUAUGUAUGACUGAUAUUAUGCAAUGGUAGAUUAAAUUAGUUGAUUUUAAUUAGCUUUAAUGUAGCUUGACAUUGUACCAACUUUAAAUAACGAGAGAAAAAAAAAUAUUAUCCCUUUUUAUCUGCCCGCCAAAAUUACGUAUGCUAGAUUUAGAAACG